AUGCAGAUUUUCACGCCCCUCGUUGCUUUCGCUGGUCUCGCUGCCGGAGCUCUUGCCGACCGUGCAUGCAGCGGACCGAACGCGCGGACGGAACCCCCGGCUGGUGCUAUCGUCGUCGACGCCACGGGUGCCUACAAGAACAGUUUCCGGACUGUGUCGGAGGGAGUGGCGCGCCUUGACCCCAACACGACGUCGGAGCAGACCGUGUUCGUGCGCCCUGGUGUGUACAACGAGCAGGUGCUGAUCUCGCCGCUGUCGGGCCCGCUGGUGCUCCAGGGUUUCACGUGCGACGCCAUGUCUUACGCGGGCAACGAGGUGACUAUCACCCAGGCCAAGGCCCAGAAGGAUAUCCCUGCUGAGGUGACGGGUGAGGCUCGUAACGACAUGACCAGCACGGUGCGCUUCAAGUCAGACAACGUGAAGGUGUACAAUCUCAACAUCGCUAACACGGCUGGAAACGUUGGCCAAGCUCUGGCCGUCAACGUCAACGCCACCGACUACGGCUUCUACGCAUGCAACCUCACGGGCUACCAGGACACCGUUCUGGCCGACAAGGGCCGUGAGCUCUACGCCCGCACGUACAUCAACGGUGCCACCGACUUCAUCUUCGGUCGCUACGCCCAGGCUUGGUUCGAGUCAUGCGACAUCGAGACUAUCGGCACUGGUUUCAUUACUGCCAGCGGACGUGAAUCCGAGUCCAGCACGGCCACGUACGUCAUCAACCGCGCCCGUGUGUUCGGCAAGAGCGGUGUCAACUCGACUGUCCUUGGACGCCCGUGGCGUCCUUACGCCAAGGUCAUCUGGCAGAACAGCGAGCUCGGUGAUGUGGUCAAGCCCGAGGGCUGGGCGACUUGGGAUGCCACCUCCCCCACGGACAAGGUAAUCUUCAAGGAGUUCAACAACUCUGGCCCCGGCGCCAACACUGCCAACCGUGUUGCCUUCAGCGGACAGCUGGACGCUCCUGUGGCCAUCACGGAGGUCCUUGGCGAAGGAUACGCGACCGAGUGGUGGGUUGACACCAAAUACCUGUAAAUGCGUUGGCCUUUGCGUGCAUAGAGUGCAGGGAUGAAUUCCCCAUAAAGAUUGAUGUUAGUCCUUACCAAACAAAAUAAACGAUAUGC